CCCUUCCUUUCCUCUCUUUCCCUCCGGCUCUCUGUGAAACCCCCGAAAUCUCAGACAGCCAUGACUACCAUUACCAAACCGCCAUUUCUCUUGCUAGUUAUCGUUCUCUUGUCCCUUAUUUUCCUCACUUUCUCCUCGGAAUCCGAUGAUGACCGAGUCAGCGAGCUUCUCACGCUUCAAUCCAGAUCCCAAUCUGGUCUAAUCCACCUCAACGACCAAUCCGUCUCCCGAUACCUUACCUCAGUCAAAACCCCAAGACCCUAUUGGAUUGUUGUCUUCUUUGACGCCUCUCAGCUCCACGAGAAACCAGAGCUUCGCCUCAAGGAGCUUCGCACUGAAUUCGCACUUGUCGCUUCCUCCUACGUCGCCAACAACGAUGACCCGUCGUCCCCAUCUCACGGGAAAUUGUUCUUCUGCGACAUUGAAUUCAAAGAAUCGCAAUCUAGUUUCGCUCUUUUCGGCGUCAAUGCCUUGCCGCACAUCCGCCUUAUUGCGCCUCAUCAAGGCCCCAAAGAGUCAGAUCAGAUGGACCAGGGAGAUUUCUCCAGGCUCGCUGAGUCCAUGGCUGAAUUUCUGGAGUCGAAGACGAAGCUCGUUGUAGGUCCGAUCCAUCGGCCUCCGUUAUUCUCGAGGGGCCAAUUGAUUUUGUUUGCACUCGGUUUUUUGAUUACUUUACCUUUUAUAGUGAAAAGAAUCCUGGCUGGUCAGACUAUGCUCCAUGACCGGAAGUUCUGGUUAUUGGGUGCUGUGUUCGUUUACUUCUUCAGCGUUUCUGGUGCGAUGCAUAACAUCAUAAGGAAGAUGCCGAUGUUUUUGUUGGACCGUAAUGAUCCUUCGAAGCUCGUAUUCUUUUAUCAGGGGUCUGGAAUGCAGCUUGGAGCAGAGGGUUUUGCCGUGGGAUUCUUGUACACCAUUGUGGGUUUGCUAAUGGCUUUUAUGUCACAUGUUCUUGUGAAGGUGAAGAAUGUUAAUGUGCAAAGGGUGUUUAUGAUUUUUGCACUGUUAGUUUCUUUCUGGGCUGUGAAGAAAGUUGUCUACUUGGAUAACUGGAAGACAGGUUAUGGCAUCCACGGGUAUUGGCCUUCAAGUUGGUAAUCAUAGUAGGGAGGUUUUAAUUUCUUCUGUUUCCUUUGAAGUUGAUUACAAACUUCAGCAUGCUUAAUUAUAAUUUGGUCAGAAGGCAUAUGUUACUUUUACUCUUUUGAGGAGCAAAUUUUACCAGAAGUAUUAGAAAAUUCCACCUCUGCAUAUGUUCUGAUUAUAAUCUGAAUCCAUUUGGUAUGGAUUUGUUUGUGAUAGAUAGCAUUUUCAUCUUAUUUGAUGUUUUAAUUUGUUAAACUGAUAUAGCUGUAAGUUUAGGACGGUCAUAAUCUGAAUCCAUUUUCAUUUCUA